AAAAAAAGGAAUGUAAAAAUCACCGAAGAAGGGACGCUCAACACAACAACGCGCACAUAAGCCAAAUCCCCUCAACCAUACUUUCGUCAAGCUAAUUUUAAAAGCGCUAAACCACAGAAGAUAUAAUAACACAAAGCGGCUGAAAAAACGACACAUCAAAAGGAAAGACGCACCCAGAUGGACAGAACACGCCGAAGAGGCAUGAUCGCCAAUGCAAAUUAAAGAAGUGCGCGCGCGACACCUUCGCCGCCGCCAGUUAUAUCUGCGUACAAACAAAACUAUACAAUUAAUCAAUUCAUAAUUUAACUACAGAAUUGACAAACAGUGAAAAAAUUACAACAAAGUCUAACGACACGCCGCUAGCGGGCAAUUAAAGCAGACACAUGUCAAUAGAGACGAAGCGGAAGCCAACAAGACAAGCGGCAAGUGAGCGCAGCAUGCGAUAAAUGGGCGAGCAGAUAUCUCGUGAAACGGCGCGAUACUUACAACAAAGUAGCCGACAAGCAAUAACAGCAACAACAAAUUAUAGCAUGACUUGUGAAAACAGCAACGGCUAGCUUGCUCGAACCAAAAGAUAUGUGUAUAUGCCUAGCACACUAUAGAAAAUAAAGCACAAAGCAUCAUCAGUGCGUCGACUCAUCAACGGCACACACACACAACCUAUCGUGGGAACUUUUCAUGAAACGCUGGACUUCGUAACGCUAAACAGUUGAGCGCAUUGUACUAAAGCGCUGCGUGCGGAGUGUGAGAGAGCGCGCCUAAAUUUAUAGUAACUCAAUGUGCUCAGCGCGCUCGUGAGGCAAAAAUUGUACGCAGAAAUCACGACACAACACCAAAGCAGUGCGCUUAAUUGAGCAUUGUUGAGCGCAAGUGAUACAGCGCUUUGUGUAUGUUGGGCGCGAAUGUGAGCGCGAUCGUUGCCACAGCCACCCACUUGCGCGCUCAGCUGUUUGCUUGCCAUAACGUUGGCGAUCAAUAGUGGCGCUCACGUUAAUAAUACGAAGAACGCGCCGCUCGCGUAUUUCGCGUAUGCUUUUGGAUAUAUUACAUGGCUAGCGCGCAGCGAGCGCUCUACAGUUUUGCUUGAAACGUUUUGGAGUGAAGAUCGUUGAAGUUGUAAAGUGCGAAGAAAUUCGAAAACGGUCAAAUGCGAAACAGACGAUUCGCAAAAGAAAAAAUAUAAAAACAAAAACAAAAUUGUUACAUGUGAAACUGAAUGCUGAGUAAAUGUAUAACGCUUAGCAGCGCUCAGUUAGAAGCGUUAAAUUUUGUCCAUAAUUUUUUAAGUGUAUGCCAUAAACGCAAGCUGCAAGUUGAGUGCAAGUUUGCCAAACAAAAGCCAACGUACAGCCAACUGGAAUUGUGAAACAAUCAAUUUGUGUUUUGUUAAACAAAAAAUGUGUGAAAUUUUGUUUAAAAAUUCGGCAAUCUUGUGGCGUGUGUAGACUACAGAAAUACAAUAAAAAAAGAAAAGAAAAAUAAAAACUUCAGCGCUCGUACUAACAAUAAGCGUUCGCAACGCAGCAGUAAGCAAAAAGCGCAAAGCACAACCACAGCAAACUGGUAAUAAAGUGAACGCGCCUGUGAAUUGUGCAUAAAUUUGAAAACAAGUAAACGGCGAAGCAAAAGAAAAACGUUUUUUGUUUUAGUUAGUUGGAAGUUGUAUGAAAUCCCCGCGAGCCAACAGUCAAAGUGAGGUUAAGUGUGGCGCGCAAUUAAAGUUGAAAAAAUAAAUUUAAAUAAAUAUGUACAAAAAUAUACUAAAUAUACAUAUAUAUGUAUAGUUGUUAUAUGUAAAUUGUAAAUAUAUAUAUAUAUAAAAAAACAGACGCGUACGCGCUAGACAGUGAGGAACAUUCAGUACUAACGCGCGAUUAUUAAACUGUAACAUUUGACAAGAAAAAGCGUAAAGCAGCAAAGCAAUUGUGUAGUUGUUGGCGGCUGAAAACUUUCCGCCAUCAAAGUAAAAAAGAAUUAAAGUGAAGAAAGUGUACGCGCAACGCCCGCGCGCCAGUCGACAGACAAAGCAGUUCAAAGGGAGCGGCAAGGCGUGAAAAUUCGCGCAGCUAAAAACCGCAGUGUGAAAAAGUACAAAAAAAUAGAAACCGAGUGUGAAGCUGCUAAAGUUAAAAAAAUAAAAAAGAUAAAACAAGAAAUUAACGAUUUGGCCACUUGUGCGUAAUGAGCGCCACACCCCUGCACGCCAAGCUGACAAGUGCUGACUAAGCGCUUAAGUUGAAAAACAAAAAAAAAAACAUUAAAAGUGUUAACUAGUGUAACGCGCAACAGUUGAGAACGCAGAACGCGCGUUCGCACGCUUUGUUUUUAUAAACACCAUUUUUGUUGUUACACAAACGUGUACCAAUGCCGCGUCAGCUGUUUACGCAUAGAAGAUUUACAAGUAAAACAUUAAAACAACAGCAGCAACAACAACAAAAACAAAACGAAAACAGUGCAUUAGUGUCUGAAAGUGAACAUUUUUUGUGCAGCUGAGUAACCAUUUGAGUGCGUUAAAUCCCGCAGCGCAUGCUAAACGCUUACACCACCCGCUCCUACAACAAAUAAUGGCCAUAGAUUUUCUAAUACUCGCGCUAUUGCUAUUCUCGUUCGUCAUCAAUUUGCUGGCUUUGGGCGCAUUCUGGGUAACGCCCGGCCUGCGCACCACUGCCAAUCGCUUUACCAUCAAUUUGCUGGUGAUUAAUUUGAUCGGCUGCCUCAUAUUGGCGCCCACACUCUUCCUCAGCCAAGCAACGCGUCGCGUCGCCAACGAGGAUGCCGCCGCUAAUGCGUCCACAUUGUCUCUUUCGGCGACCGCGAGCGAUGAUCGCAUUGAGAUACUCGCCAAACCGGGUAAUCGUCAGAUGACCAUCAAGCAUAACGGUAAAUUGGUGGAACAGGAAGGCGUUAUUGUGCGGCGCAAUUUGACGAGCGCACAGGAUGCGCGCACCAUCGAAACGAUUUACAAGUGCAAUUCAACCUACUGUCAGGAGUUGACAAUCGACGAAGGCACCGACACAAUUGUCAUCACCGAAAUCGAGGAGGCGAAUCAUCAUGCUGAGUCGGCAAGUGCAGCGCCUGUUGAUGUGGUCGCCGCGUUGCUGCCGCAUCCACACAUACGCUGUUGGUCCAUUGAUAUGGCGGCCGCUUUGGGCGCGCUUGGCGUGCUACUUGUCGUCGGCGAUACGUGGUGCGCCGUCACCGAUCCGCUGCGCUAUCACACGCGCAUAUCCAGCUUGAAGACAUGGAUAUUCAUUGCGCUCACGUGGGUGGUUGGUUUGUUGUUUGGAGCCUUAUCGGCCUUUCGUGAAAUCGACUUUACCACCAAAACUGUGCUGCACGACCAGCAGGGCUUUGCAGAGUUGAGUUUGAGCUCAGCGAAUAGCAUUUUUGGCAUCACUUUCGCCUGCCUUUACUUCGUCAUCAUCAUAUUGUUGCCGUUCGGCUUCGUUUGUGGCAUGUAUUGGCGCAUAUUUAGUGAAGCGCGUGAGAAUGGCUUACGCAUGCGUCAGAAUGGUUCGUCGCCGUUGUUGCAGAGCGCUCUCAAUUUAACACACCAUCAACAAAGUUCAUCGUUACAGUAUACUAAUAUGUGCGCGCACCGCAACUCCGUCUCUUCGGCGUCAUCGAAUGGCGGUGGCAGCGCUUGUGACCGCGGCGGCUUGCAUAUGCAGAUUGAUCAUCGUAAAAGUUCGCCAGUGUGUGCGCGUCGUGAUUCCGCCGCUAAAGUGCUAUUGCCCACCAUCUCCGAUGAUGGUUUGUCUGAUGAGGCAGUACAACUCGAAUCCGGCGAUUACAACGUCGAACCGUUAGUGCCACUCGCACAACAACCCAACUACGCGGAUCGCAAUCAAAAUAUAUUGCUCACACUACAGACGGCAAGUGGAGAAAUCAAGCGUAAUUAUUCGGCGCGCCAGCUGCCGCUACUCGGCACAUCGUCGCAGGAUUUGCUGGAAACCAAUCGGCUGCAAGGCGUGCGUCAAGUGCACUCAUCACCUAAUCUGCACAAGUACACGCAAGAUGCGCUCGAGUCCAGCUGCUCGCCGCACCUGCUGGGGCAUGCGCAGCUGCAUCCACAACACGCCGCCUCUAGUAACAGCACCACCGGCAUACGCCAACAACAUUUCGUGUCGCCCAAUGCGCAUAAUCGCCAGCACUCGCAUGUGCUGCAAAUACCUUGCCUGCCGCAUAGCUCACCGAAAGCGCUUAGUUACAUGUCAACGCUGCGCCAUCGCCUAUCGAACGCCUCAUCGCUCUUCAAGUAUCGCGAAGAAUCGCGGACAGUACGCAUCAGUAUUUUAGUGAUUAUCAUGUUCCUGGUGUCAUAUUUGCCGUACGGCUUCUUAGUGCUACUGCAAAGUCGUCUGCCCAGCGCCAACUUUGAACAUUCCACACAGCUUGCCAUCUUCAUGCUGCUCCUCGGCAACCUAACAUCACCCUUCAUAUUUGCGUAUCGCAACAAACGCGUACGCCGCGGCGUUAAGCGCCUCUUCGGUUUGGAAGCCAGCACACGCGAACGUUCGCUACAGCGUCAGAGCAGCUCCAGCGGACGUGGCAGUGGUUUUCUCAAUCGUCAUUGCGCCGGCACACGCAACAGCGCCAACAUUCGACGCAACAUCAGCAAAGUGUCCACAUAUUCGCUGAACUCCUGCAAAUUCCUAACUCCACAGAAUUCACUCAGCAGCGCCGUUGUGCCACCAGCACAGGCGGCAGCCGCCAACCGUCACAGCAGUCCCGCGCGCAUACAUGGCCUGCGCCCAAACAGCAGUUGCAGUACGAUCAUCAAUUUCGGUGCGCCACCAGCCAAAGAGCAGGUGUUGCCGACGGCGCAACAGGUACAGCAGCAGCAGCAAGCGACAGCAGUAGAGGCUAUACAAAAGACUGCAACCAAGUCGUGUGACACACCAACCGCGCUCAAAGCAACCUUCAUCUUGAAUAUGAAUAGCAAUUCACCGAAUGGCACCGCGCGCAUUACCGAAGCGCUGCCAGCGGCGAAUGGCAAAUUCGCGCCCAAGCGCAGUCUCUUCAAGAUCUUCUUUCAAAGUUCAAAGAAUCUGGGCUGCGCUUCGGCGCAAUCAUGCGCUCAGAGCAAAGAUGCUGAAGUGGAACCAGCCGAGGUAUGAGUUGUGCAACAGCAAGACAGCCUUGGCAGAAGGCCUAGUGAAAGUCUAAGGUACAGCGUGCCAGCACAGAUGCUCGUGUCAAUCAUCAGCUUAGCUGCUGUGGCUACGUACCAAGCCGUUAUUGAGAGGCACAUACAAUGGUCUACGCAACGCAGACACGUAUGUGCAGUCCAUAAACAGCCGGCAGCUGACAAAGCAGUAAUUCAAGUGCUACAGCAAUCCGCAAACGGGCAACGACAUAGUCGUCAUGUCACCACCACAGAGGCAGCAGCAACAACAAAUGGCAGCGAAGCGGUAAGCGCAUUGCAGUUCAACAAGCAGCAACCAGUCAGUAUUGAGUAUAUACAUACAUGAUAUAUGUUCUUUUAUGAGCUAAUAGAUUCUAAACAUGCUAGCGGUAGUUUGAAAAAAUUCUUUAUUGAAACCACACGCUUUGCUAGUGGGCGUUUAAGCUGCCGCGCGCACAGCAGCUAAAUUUAUAGUAAGCUUUCAAAAAUAGUUGUGUAUGUGUGUAUAGUUUGUUUUAUUCAAAAAUUAAAUAAAAUGAAAAGCUUCAGCAAACAACAAAAGAAGUGAAAAUGUGUAAUAAAUUAUGAUUUUUUACAAAUAAGAAAGUCAGCUUAUGCAGUUUACACACUUUCAAAUGCAGAAAAGGUAAACAAAAAAUAAGCAAAGCAUGAAAUCUUAGAAAUUUUUUAGCUAAUUUGUACCUAAAAUGUAACUAAUUUUUUUUUAAAUUUGCACUGAAAAUGACUUAAAGAAGAAAACAGAUUUUAGUUUGUACCGAAUUUGUAUCUAAUUUGUAACCAAUUUGUAUCGACUUUCGUUAACAAAUUUUUUUCUUUUUUUUUACCAAAACAUUUUUAAAUUCUCAAACCUUGUUCUCGUAUGAUUUUACUAAUUGUUCGCACCAUGACUACCUAGAAAACAAAAGUCGAGCGAAAAUUUUAUUUUAAAACAGAAGAAAGGCGUUGCUAUAAAUUUACUUAUUUAUAAACGCUUAUUUGUAUAUUUUUUUGCCUUAUUUGUACAAGUGAAAGUGACCUAGAAAAUUGGAAAAACAAAAGAAUUAGCAAAAAUAUAUACAAACACAAAUCAAAUAUGAGCUAAAAGCACUUAAAUUAUAGCUGAGACCAUAGAAUUUAUUUAAAAUGUAAAUAAUGUCAAAUUAUAUAAGUCAUUUUGAAUGGCCAAAACAAAACCUAAGUCAAUAUGUAUAUAGCGAGAAAUUGAAAAAAAUUAACGACUUAAGCUUUUAACUAGUAAAAAUCUUUAGAAAAAAAUAUUUGACAAGCGUAAAAGUUAGAAUAUAAUAUGUGUAUGUAUAAUAAGAUUAUAUAUAUGUAAAUAUAUAUAGGAACGGAAAAUGCAGCAGAACACAUACAAGCAUAUUUAUAUACUGAUGUAUAUAUAUACACAAACAUAAAGCCGUUUAAUUUAUACAUUUGCAUAUUUUGCGCCACUGUAAAGCUGUGAAAAUCUAGAAAUGAUGAAAAAAGUAGUUCACGCCUGAUUUCCAACUGAUUAAACACUAUUAUGCAAUUGAAUUCAAUUGAACUUUCCAUUUGAUGUAACAGGAAAAGCUUUAAUUACACUAUAGCAUUCUAAUAUUCGUAGCUAAUUAAUAUUUAUGUAUAUAAUUAAAUGUUAUCUAAUAAAAUUAUAUAUGUAAUCGUGUAUGUACAUAUAGAAAAAAGAAAAGAACUUUCACACACAAGCAAAGAAUAUAAGCAAAUAGAAAAUAAUGGAUACAGCCAAAGUAGAUUGUAAUUGUAUAGAAAACAAAAAAACAGCGAAAAUAAGUAUCAAAAAGAAAAUUAAAAGUAAAUGUACAAGCCAUAAAUUAACCAAAUUCUAUUAAAAAUCGAAAUCUGCUUGAAAUUAAAAUUUUCACCAUAAAUUUGUGGUUCAUAAAAAUAAAAACCAUUUAUACAAAACAAAAAAAAGGAAACAAAAGAAAGACUAAAAUUUAAAAAAAAGGUAUUUUUAUUUGCUAUAAUUUUUGCUAUAAACUUGUGCUAUAAAUUUUUGUUAGAAAAUUUGUUAUAAUUAGUUAACAAAUACGAUGUUUAGAGUUUUGUUAUAAUUCAUGCUAUAAAUUUUUGCUAUAAGUUUUCUUUUAAUUUGCAAUUUCAUCUCGUUAAAAUAUUUGCUAUUUUUUCUAUAAUUCAUGGCUAUCAUUUUUUUUAUAAUUUUAAACAUUUUUUUAAAACUCGUUAAUAUUUUUGUCAUCAAUUUUGGCUAUAAUUUUUACUAUAAUUUUUCUAUAAUUCCCUUUUGUUACAAAAAUCAAUUACAAUUAAUACACAUAACACAUAGAAUGGCACAAAAAAAUAUGUCUACUCAUAAAAAUUCUUUCCAUACUUAAUUGCUGUUUUUUUCUACCAACUCGCAGACAAUUUAUAAAUAAAUUAUUCUUUUUACUGCACACGCACUCGCAACUCUGUAUAAAUAUACAUAUAUAUGUAUGUAUUUAUAUAUCAGUCUUUUUUUGCACGCUUCCACUUAGCAUUCACCUGACGUAUUGCAUUGCAACUUCAAGUAUGCAAACAUUUACACAUGUAUAUAUGUAUAUAUACUAUAUAUAUAUAUAUAUAUACGUAUUCAUGUACAUGCGUCUAAAGUUUUUUUUAUUAAUAUUUAAAUAAGUAGUGGCGCGUUGCAAUGACUUGCAAGUGUACAGUGGGUAGAAAAUGAUAAAAAGUUCGGGCAAAAAUAAAAAAAAAUUAUUUAAGAAUAAUUUUUAAAAAUUGAAAAAUAAUAGAGAAAAAAUAAAUCAACAAAAAAUAGCAAAAAAAAAUUAAAAAAGACAAUAUCAGAUGUAUUUUAUAUUUGCUAAAUAAAAAUACUUGUGCAAAAUAUACACAUAUAUUUUUUGCAUUUUUUUUCAAUAAUUUGAUUAAAAUUAUUUUUAUUAAAAAAACCAUAGAAAAUAUAUAUUAAUUUAUUUUCUGAACUCCUAAAAAAUAUACUAUAAAUUUCAAACUCCAACAGUAUUAAGUAUGGUACAAAAUAAUUAUAUGAAAAUUAUCAAAUGCUGAUUUCUUAUUUGUAUUUUUUUUUAAAGUAUUAAAUAAAUUUAUGAACCACAUUUUUUAUCUAAUUCUCAAUAUAUGAAAAGUAUUAAAUUCAAACGAUAGAUAUAUUUUUUCUAAUUUUUAACCCAUACUUGCCCACUGUACCUACGCAUACUUCAUAUAAAUGAAUAUAUUUGCAAGCUUACACACUAAUUACUUUCCUCACUCACUUUCAUUAAUGCAAAAUUUCCCCAAGCUUGCGAUUUGAUUUUCACCUUGAAAGUCUAGCCAAAGCACUAAGGGCGAAAUAAAUUAAUAAGUUUUUGUCUCAAAAGUUUUUUAUUUUACAUUCGAAAUAAAAUACUUUUAAUUUCAACAAAUAAAUUAAAAUAAUCACAAAAAUUAAAGCAACGAAAUAAACAGCAGAAGAACACACGAUAUGUAUUACUUAAUAUGCUUUUGUAGACAAGUGUAAUUAAUAUAUGUCUGUAUGUAUGAAUGUCUUCAUGUAAUUAGCAUCAAUGUGUAAUAGUCAAUUUAUUGUUGUGAUUACAUUGGUAUAUGUAUGAUGAAAUAUUUAUUAUUGUAAUAAAUAAUUGCAUGCAGAAAGCAAUAAUACCUCAUUAGUUGCAUGUCUGUAUGUACAUACACUACUCGUAUAAAACCAAAGUCAAUGAAACAAAUGAGUAUAUAAAUGACUACAUUAAAGCGUACACACGUCCAAUUGCUACAACAAAAAAAAAAAAAAAAAAAAAAAAAGAAAACAAGAAACAAAACAA